AACAUUUUUUCUCUGUUUUACCUCUUUAUUUCGAUUCUUUCUGGAAAAUCCCUCUUUCUUCUUCGAUUUCAGUUCUUGAAUUUCUUUCCGUCCGACGAGAUGGCCUGUACUACGAUCCAUACCUGGACAUUCUCUACGCUUGUAGGCGCCUUCCUCGAUCUCGGCGUUUCAUAUCUCUUGCUCUGCUGCUCUGCUCUUGCAUACAUCGCUGCGAAAUUCUUAGGGUUUUUCGGCCUUUACUUGCCUUGCCCUUGCAACGGUCUCUUCGGCGAUCCCGACGGGACCAAAUGCCUCCAGCGAUUGCUCGUUGAUGCUCCCUCUCGCAAGAUUUCGUCCGUACAGAUGUCCGUCCGGACCCGCUUCCCCUUCGAUUCUAUCUGGAGCAACACCACAGAUUGCAACGGCCGGCAUCUUGUUGAAUUCGUGAACGAUAAAACCCGUGGUGGCGAUGGUGGGGUUCUUGAAAUUCAGGGAGGAGAGGAGUCGUGUAGCUCGUUUUCGGAGGCGCAGAAUUCACGGAGCUUUACCGUGAGCAGUAGCCCGGUGUCGAGGGAUGAGAGGGUUGGGUCUGAGGCGGACGUGAAUUCCUGCUCGGCGCGGAGAGGGAGGUCUGAUGGUAAGGGGAAGGGGAUUUUGCAUCAGAAGCCACCAUCGGGUCUCCGUCGUCGCCGUAGAGCUUCUGCUGCUGUUGUGCAUGGGAAGUUCUCGGCUGUCUCAUCUUCGUCCGAUGCGACUCCGCCACCGCGGCUGUUGCAGAUGGUUGGAGAAAUGGGGAUAGAUAAAUUCAAAGAGCGGUUGUCACGCGUGAAUUCUGGUGCGGAUCGCCUUCAAUAUCAUGCAGAGGAUAUGCCUAUGGGCGUCAAUUUGAUCGAAGGUGAUCUGCCCAAUAACGGAUCAAAUGGGCUUCUUGGUGAAAAUGAGGUUAUGGAUAAGUAUUCAUCUUUUGUUGAAGAAUUAGUUCGUAGUGCUCGGUGUGGGGAUCUUGGAAAAGAAGCAAAUGCUAUUAGAGUCUUGGAGCAGGCACUUGAAGAAGAACACGCUUCUUCUACUGCUUUGUAUGUGGAGUUGGAGAAAGAGAGAAGCGCUGCGGCGUCAGCUGCUGAUGAAGCCAUGGCAAUGAUAUUGCGCCUCCAGGAGGAGAAGGCAUCGAUAGAAAUGGAGGCUCGGCAAUAUCAACGGCUGAUUGAAGAAAAAUCUGCUUAUGAUGAGGAAGAGAUGAAUAUUCUGAAAGAGAUUCUUGUGAGGCGGGAGAGAGAGAAGCACUUCUUGGAGAAGGAAGUCGAGGCUUAUAGGAAGAUGAUACUUUCUGGCGGAGGACACCAGCUGUCAGAAGAUGAUCUACGCAAUAUGGUGGACAUUUCAGGAGAGAGGCCUUGCUCUUCAUUUGAUUCAUCUGAGGACCCAAUGAUGCUGAUGCUGCAGGAGCUCAGUGAAUCCAUUGGAAAGAAGGAAAUAGGGAAAGAUGUGAAUAGAUCUCCUCAGAGUGUGCCUUCUGCUGAGAAUCGUAGUACUCUUUAUGUCUUUGGGAAUGAAUCCCCAUCUUUGGAUGGGGCUGAAGAUGUUGACUUCAUCAAACGAGGUGAUUCACAGAGGAUGGGUAGCAUGGACAAACAUUACCCACAUCCACAUGUACAAGAGUGCAUGGAUGAGGUCAACGUGGAGUUUCAGGAGAAAGGCAUGGUAUCCAUGGAUGUUGGUCCAUCUACUCCACGGGAUGAUGGAUCAAUAUUAGAGAAUGAUUCCAUCGCUGUUAAGUUGAUGGAUGGGUCUCGGGAAGGUGGCUUGCAUGACGAAACUUUUCUUUGGGCCAAUGGACAUAGGCAGAAAGACGAACCUGCAAUAUCCCAAGAAGCAGCAGCAGAGAAAGGUGACAAUGCUUGUAGCGGAGUUGAUUUUGGGACUUCUCAGUUUGACAUGGAGUCGAGCAUUCAUGAUGUUCAUGUUGUUGAUGAUAAACAAAACAUGGUUGGUGGAAAAGAAAGCGAACUGCUUCAGACCGUUACUGUUUCAGAAAGCUCCAAUGAAGGUGGUAUUUCAUUGGAAUCUUCUGCCCUCAGGAAGAUUGAUGUUUUGAGUGAUCAUCCAAGUUCAAGCAGGGUAGCAACUGAAGAACACAUUCAUAGAAGCCGUUCUGACACGGCAGCAAGGUUUCUACCGAGGGAUGGUUCACGAGGCAAAGUGUUGUUUUCUGAUUCAAGAAGAACUUCCCUGUCUGAAGUUGACUAUGAAAGGUUGAAACUUGAAACAGAGGUUGGGAGACUGACAGAAAGGUUGAGGAUUGUCCAAGAGGGAAGAGAGAAGCUAACCUUUUCUGUGGGGCACAGAGAAAGGGAAAAUUUCCAGUUGCAGCUGUUGGAGGAAAUAGCAUCCCAGCUUCGAGAGAUCCGUUCACUAACGGAACCUGGAAAGGCUGCACGCCAGGCUUCUUUACCUCCUCCAUCCUCUAAGGCAAACUCAAAGAAACGGCGUUGUCGAAGCGUGUCUUGGGGAGUCCAAGAAAGCUCCUGAAACCAUACUAUUGUACUUAAGAAGCUGAGAUGCCAAUAUCAAGGCUCUUCGAAUCAAAUGGGAGACAAGGCCUCGUUUGGUUAUCCUUCUAUACAGAAAUCUGGUUCCUAUUGACUGCCAUCUCCACAGAAAGAUGGGAGUUGGUGUCAUCUGUACGUACCACAGAGAUUACAACCUACAGGUACUCAACUCCGUUAUGAUCUGAUGCCCCGUUAUAGACCUUUAAAUAGCUUUAAUAAGUAAAUGUGGAGCUGGUAUCAAGCAGGAGGUGCUCUCCCUUUGAAGGACAGGAGACUUUGAGGAGAAUGGAGCUGUUGUUGAUUACUGUAGCAGUGGGGCAGCCUGAGAUGAGAUGGUGAUGAUCAAGGAAUUUGCUUUUUGCCAAGAACCUUAAGAGUGCGUAAGAUCUGUUCACUCCUUACAAUGCUGUCUAAGAUACAUUUAGUCAGUCUGUAAAUACCAGGUAGGAACCUGUAUCGUUUAGAACUUUCAAUGCCUUUUUUUUCUUGGAAAUCAUUAUUUUUCUGCAAGUCACUGAUCCAUCAUUGUCGUACCACCGUCCAAGGGCAUAUUGUCAGUGUUGGAAUUGGUAGAAGGAAAGUGACUGAAACUAAACUGUCCAGAGCUUUAAUGCCCAAAACCGGUGUGUGAACUUGGUGUUUUCAAUA